AAGUGCUAGACAUGGGGCGGUAUUUCUUGGCAAGCCGCCAUCCGGUACCACUAAAACGCGUUAGGGUAUUUCUCCCAACUCGUUCUGCGAAUACAGAAACGAAAAAAUAGUAAACAACUUUUAUUGGAGGGAAAAAAGAUACAGUCGCCAAAAUGAGCGUGGAGGAGGAAGUAUUUCGGAUCCAGAAGAAGAUGAGCAAGAUAUCGAUGGCUAGCGACGGAACAGGACAGGAACAAGCUUUGGACUUGCUGAAGGCCCUGCAAACGCUAAAUAUUAACCUGGAUAUUCUGACCAAGACGCGUAUUGGAAUGACGGUUAACGAACUGCGCAAAAGCAGCAAGGACGAUGAGGUGAUUGCUCUAGCCAAGACCUUAAUCAAGAACUGGAAACGUUUUCUGGCGAGCCCGGCGCCCACAACGCCGAAUCACAGCUCGUCGAAAGAGGGCUCCUCUAACAAUAGCAGUGUCGGCAAGUCGAGCUCCGCCAAGUCAUCGUCGUCAUCCAGCAAGGACAAGUCUAGUGGUAGCAGCAGUUCCAGCAAGGACAAAGAGAAGAAGUCCUCGUCUUCCUCUCAAUCCUCUUUCCCCUCCGGCGGCAUGACAGAUGCAGUACGCAUUAAAUGCCGUGAAAUGUUGGCAGCCGCCCUAAAGAUUGGCGAAGUGCCCGAAGGAUGUGGUGAACCCGAAGAAAUGGCUGCCGAAUUGGAGGAUGCCAUUUAUUCGGAGUUCAAGAACACGGAUAUGAAGUACAAGAAUCGCAUUCGGUCGCGAGUGGCCAAUUUAAAGGACCCGAAGAAUCCUGGACUUCGUGGGAACUUUAUGUGCGGCGCCGUCACUGCCAAGCAAUUGGCCAAAAUGACGCCCGAGGAGAUGGCCAGCGAUGAAAUGAAGAAGCUACGCGAAAAGUUCGUGAAGGAAGCCAUCAACGAUGCCCAGCUUGCCACUGUGCAGGGCACCAAGACCGAUCUCCUGAAGUGCGCCAAGUGCAAGAAGCGUAACUGCACGUACAACCAGCUGCAGACCCGUUCCGCUGAUGAACCUAUGACGACCUUUGUCAUGUGCAACGAGUGCGGCAACCGAUGGAAGUUCUGCUAACUUCAAAAUCAGUUCCAAAAGCAUCCCAAAAACCCAGCACACACCAUACAUCCUUCAUAUUCUUAAAACAAAAAAGAAACGUAAAGACACGACACGCGAUAACACAUUUUGUAUCUGCUGCCCAAUUGCGGAGGCGCUUACUGUGACCACCUAAACCUAAACGAAAAGAAAUUUCAAUAAACAUUAAAUAUUGAUAAAACGAA